CUUAAACGACGGCGUCUAUGUAUAAUUCCUUCUACCUUUUCAUUUCUUCCUCACCCGUUGCCAUUCCGGGCCGCCAUUUUCCAGUCCAACAGAAAGCGGCCAGAAAACAAGAGCAGUGGCCGGAGAAGGAGAAAAAUAUGGGGAGCUUGACCAACAAGCAGCCGAGAGUCUUCAGUGUGCACCACGGCAACGCUCUGCCGCCGUGCACUCGGGCUCACCAGAUCGGCGCUCUUCUCCUCGUCUCCGCCACCUUCUUCCUCACUCGCCUCUUUCACCAGUCAUUCUCUCCCUGCACCGCCACUUCCUUCGGCGGCGAUCUCGGCUCCUCCGAUUCCCCGAGCCUCGUCCGUGUCUCUGACGCCGGCUACCUGUCGUGGCCUAACCGUGGCUACGGUUCAGCCCUCUCCCUCAAGAUCUAUGUGUAUGAAGAGACCGAGAUUGGUGGCUUGAAAGAGCUGAUGCGCGGUCGAGAUGGCAAAAUAUCCGCCGAAGCUUGCGUGAAAGGCCAAUGGGGAACUCAGGUUAAGAUACACAAAUUGCUGUUGAAAUCGAGGUUUCGGACUAGGCGGAAAGAGGAGGCCGAUUUCUUCUUUGUGCCGACGUAUGUCAAGUGUGUGCGGAUGAUGGGAGGUCUCAAUGAUAAGGAGAUCAACCAAACCUUUGUUAAAGUCUUAAGCCAAAUGCCUUACUUUAGAAGAUCUGGAGGUCGAGACCACAUUUUCGUCUUCCCAAGUGGGGCAGGAGCUCACUUGUUUCGAUCGUGGGCUACGUUCAUAAAUCGUUCAAUUAUACUUUCUCCUGAGGGCGACCGAACUGAUAAAAAGGAUAUAACUGCUUUCAAUACUUGGAAAGAUAUCAUCAUCCCGGGUAAUGUUGAAGAUGGAAUGACCGUGAAAAAACCUACUACAGUUGAGCCUUUACCUUUGUCAAAAAGGAAGUACUUAGCAAAUUAUUUAGGUAGGGCACAAGGCAAAGCUGGUCGCCUUAAGCUCAUUGAGAUGUCAAAGAAAUUUCCAGAUAAGGUUAGUCAUUCUGUUUGUCGAAGUGCUGUAGACUGGAUAAGGCUGUUUAUCGUUUUCUUUCUGGUUGUAUGUGAUUGGCCUUUGAACAACUAAAAGAUGAUCUGCAUAAAAUGGCUGAAAAGAAGAUGCUUGGUUAAGCAACUUGCUGCAACUAAACUGCAUUAUUCCACCUCUCUUUAUUAUGGUGGUUGUCAUGCUAGUCCUUAUUCCUUGUUCUUGGUUAUAUGGCUAACAUAUGAAGCACAUAAUGACAUCCGGAAACAGUUGGAAUGUCCUGACUUGAAAUUCAGUGGUCCUGAGAAAUUGGGAAGGGCUGAAUACUUUGAACAUCUCCGCAAUGCAAAGUUCUGUCUUGCACCACGAGGAGAAUCUUCCUGGACCCUUCGGUUUUAUGAAUCUUUUUUUGUGGAGUGCGUUCCUGUUAUUUUGUCAGAUCAAGCAGAGUUUCCGUUCCAAAAUGUGAUAGACUAUUCCCAGAUAUCAAUCAAAUGGCCAUCUAGUCGAAUUGGCCCUGAACUUUUGGAUUACCUUGAGUCUAUACCAGAAAGAGACAUUGAGAGGAUGAUAGCUAACGGGAGGCAAAUAAGAUGCUUGUGGGUAUAUGGUUCCGAAUCUCAGCCCUGUUCUACAAUGCAAGGAAUAUUGUGGGAACUUCAGAGGAAAGUGAGGCAGUUCCACCAAUCACACGAAACAUUCUGGCUGCACCAUCAAACGAUAGUGAACAGGAAUUUAGUUGAGUUCUCCAAAUGGGAACCUCCCAUGCCUCUCCCAUGAUAAUGUGUCCUUGGAAUAGAAAACACCAUCAGCUUACUUGUGCUUUUCCUCGCCACGAUCUACUCGUUGGUCGAGUUGCAGCUGGAGUUGCCUCAUGGUGCCUACUUCAGCAGCCUACCCGAAUUUUGCUUCCUCAACAAACUUCCCCUGCUUUUUCAGCACAUUCGCAAGUAAAUUUUUCAGCAUCUCAACUUCAGUAUAGAGAAAUUGUUGUAGUUUCAUAGGAUUCGAAGCUGUGGAAUGUAUAGUGGAUCCAAACUAAAUGUAGAUGGCAGAAGCUGAAGAACUUGUAGAUUACCUUAUCGCAGUCUAAUGUACUAUUUGUUAAAGUUAUGCAUUUGUGUAGCUUUCAUCUCUUUCGAAAGUAAAUUAUUACCGUGUUUAUGU